AUGGCGGCCUUGCCGUUAGCCACGGCGGAAGUCUGCGACGCCAACUCGCACCUCAUCACCGGCGGCGAGCUGCGGGCGCUGCAGCCCAUCUUCCAGAUCUACGGGAGGCGGCAGGUCUUCGCGGGCCCCAUCGUGACGCUCAAGGUGUUCGAGGACAACGUGCUGGUGCGCGAGUUCCUGGAGGAGAAGGGCCAGGGCAGGGUGCUGGUGGUGGACGGCGGCGGCAGCCUGCGGUGCGCCAUCCUGGGCGGCAACCCCGUCCAGCAGGCGCAGAACAACGGGUGGGCGGGCAUCGUGGUGAACGGGUGCAUCCGGGACGUGGACGAGAUCAACGGGUGCGACAUCGGCGUGCGCGCCCUCGCCUCGCACCCCAUGAAGGCCAACAAGAAGGGGAUGGGCGAGAAGCACGUCCCGGUCACCAUCGCGGGCACCAGGAUCUGCGACGGCGAGUGGCUCUACGCCGACACCGACGGCAUCCUCGUCUCCAGGACCGAGCUCAUCGUGUAG